AUGUCCACCAACCGGCCAUUCCUGGCCAACUUCCUAGCGGCCUUUCGCGCCCAGUCCACAUACAAAGCCUCAGCAGCAGGCUCACAAUCCGCGACCGCUGGUCCAUCCUCCUCUCUCUCCUCCACCCAAAUCUCCCAAGGCGCACGAGCCAUAGCCACCAAGGCCAGCAGCGGCAACGCAGCCGCUUCCUCAUCAGAUGCCUCUCCAUCCACCACUACCCAUCACUACCACCAUCAUUCCACCACAAGCGCUUCAUCCUCCUCCCACUCCCGUCCUCACUCUCACCAGCGAUCUCCAUUGAACCAGCCCGAAUCUUCCCCAGCAUCCCCGGCCCCACCUCAGACCCAACAGGCCGCUUCUUCUCCACCCACCCCGGCCGCGUCAAACCCCAUCCCGAUCACAAACAGCCAAGGCCGUCAGCGUCGCGGCAGCGACAGCUCAAGUGGCUCGGGAGGGUUCCGCGAUGCGCUGGGUCCGGAGAAGUGGUAUAUCGGAGGUCGAACGCCUGGCGGGGAGGAGCGGUUCUACCGUUUAGGGAUGGUGACGAAAGGCGGAGGUCGACUCGGUGGGAGCGGUAGAGUGGGAAGCAUUGAUCAGCUAAGUCUGUGA